GGUUGACAAUGAAUUCAGUUAAUUGUUGUCAUCUUUUCCUGAUCAGUUGAAUUUUUAUUUUUUCUUGUUCUUUUCUGAUCUGAAAUUUGAGUUUUUCUAUGAAAAUGUUCAUUGAAAUUUUGUUAAUUGUAAUUGUCGCUAAUCCAAUACUAACUUUUGAAUCAAGUGAAUUAGAUGAUCCUGAUUACAAUCGGACAGUCACCGAGUUAAUUGAAUCAAGAGGCUUUAAUUACGAAACACAUUAUAUUGUAACUGAUGAUUCGUACAUUUUAACAGUUUAUCGUUUAGUUAAUCCGUUUGUUAAUCCACAAGAGAGAAGCAAAUUAAAGCCGAUUAUCCUUCAACAUGGCUUCAUGGGAUCAGCUGUCGAUUUUAUAAUCAACGCCCCAGGCGGUGAUGCGAUUCCCUGUCAACCCUCUGAUAGCAUCUUAAUGUCCAAUCUAAACGAUACAAUUACCAACAAUUUAGGUUAUUUAUUGGCUAAUUUGUGUUAUGAUGUUUGGUUAUCAAAUUCAAGAGGUAAUCGUUAUUCACGUAAUCAUACAACUCUUAAUCCAGAUGAAGAUAAAGAAUAUUGGAAUUUCUCUUUCGACGAAAUGAUCUUUCAUGAUUCUCCAGCAAUAAUUGAUUAUGUUCUAGCAGAGACUGGAUUUGAUAGUUUAGGUUGGAUUGGACAUUCGCAAGGAACUCUAAUCAUGUUCGGGCUUUUAGCUGAGAAACCAGGAUAUUCAUUGAAAGUAAAACCCUUUAUCGCUUUGGCUCCCGUUUGUUAUGUUAACGAUAUCAUGUUGUCCGCUCGAUUGGCCAGUCGAGUACCUGGAGUCCUUUGGGCACUUCGACAAAUUGGAAAUGAAUUAAGUGAUGAUAAUUUUAUUCUAAAAACUGUAGAGCAAAUUUCCUGCGGUCGAUGGGAACCCAAAGUUUGUGAGAAUUUACUUUAUCCUUUACUUGGAUAUAACGUUGAACUUUUGAACAAAACUCGAAUGGCAGUUUAUCGUUCGCAAGGUUAUUCGGGCUCUUCCGUUUGGAAUUUGGUUCAUUUUGGACAGAAUAUCGUUACUGGAGAUUUUGUUCGAUUCGAUUAUGGUACAGCAGAGAAUAAAAUUAAAUAUGGUGGACCGAAACCUCCCAAAUAUACGUUGACUCAAAUUAACUCAACUCAAAUCGCGAUUAUUUACUCUAAAAGCGAUACCUUGGGCGAUUACAAAGAUGUCACUCAUUUAACGGAAACACUUAAAGUUCCUUUAUUGCGAGAUUAUUUUAUUCCGUUGCCGUCUUGGAAUCAUUUGGACUUUAUUUAUGCCAAUGAGCUUUAUCGAUAUGUUCAUAGUCAAAUUUUGGAUAUUUUAAAAUCAUCUUAUUAAUUGUUGCUUGUUAAUUAUCUCAUUUCUUUAUGUCAAUUGUUGUUAAUUGUGAUAUGUAAUUAAAAUUGGUGAUUUCGUUGA